AUGGAUUCCGCGCCGUCGUUCCACAGCAGCAGCAGCAGCAGCAGCAGCAGCAGCAGCAGCUCGCUGCUGCAGCGCGUCGUCACUGCUGAAGAGCUAGCAGCAGACACAAGAAAGUUUGCUGCUUUCCAGUGGGCCAUAGGCAUUGGGGAGGCGCAGCAGAUCUUGUGCCGCCCCGAGGAGGACGCAGCAGCAGCAGCAGCAGCAGCAGCAGCAGACGCCGAGCAGCAGCAGCAGCAGGAGAAACCCACCAUCAAAUUCAGGGGCUGGGAAUCGGGGUCUAAGUGGUCAGCAGCAAACCGCAGGCGCAUCUUGAAGGCCUUGAGCGGAGUGCUGCAGGAGCCCUGCAGGCCUGUGCUGUGUCCAGCGCCUUGGGUGGACAGCAGCAGCAGCAGCAGCAGCAGCAGCAGCAGCAGCAGCAGCAGCAGCAGCAGCGAGGCGUUUGGCGGGUGGUGCGGCAGCGUGAGCAGCAGCCAGCAGCAGGAGCUGCAGGGCGGCGGGGGCGCUGCUGCCUCCUCCACCGCAGCUGCUGCUGCUGCUGCUGCUGCUGCUGCUGCUGCUGCUGCUGCUGCUGCUGUGUCGCCGCUGGGGCUGCGGCUGGAAGUCAAAGACGUGGGCCUUGUUGCUGCUGCUGCUGAUGUCUGUAUAGUCAAGGAAGCAAAAGGAAGGGCCUUCUUUCCCUUCCACACGUAA